AUGGACGGCACUCGCUCGAUAUCGCCCAAACGACCACGAGAGGAAGAAGAUGGAUACGGCGAUGAACCCCCCCGGAAACGCUCGGCUUCGCGCACACCGCCCGGCGCCUCGCCCACGUACAGAAUAGCAGAACGGCCCGCGCGCCGCUACAGUCGCGACGAAAGUGAUGAGGACCGACGGUACAGGAAACGAAGCUACUCACAUUCAUCACCGCGGUCGCGGUCAGGCUCGCGCUCUUCACGCCGGCGCUCGCACUCGCCAGGCUCAACCCCCCCGCCCCCGAAACCAACAUCCCUCAACUACAAACCCACCCUCAUACUCCGCGGCCAUAAGAAGCCUAUUUCAAUCAUCCGCUUCUCCCCCGAUGGACGCUACAUCGCCUCCGGCUCCAGUGAUUGCACCAUCAAGCUCUGGAACAGCACUACCGGCACCCUCGAACAUAGCUUGGAAGGGCAUCUAGCUGGUAUAAGUGCCCUGACAUGGUCGCCCGACAGCCGCAUCCUCGCAUCCGGUAGCGACGACAAGAGCAUUCGCCUCUGGGACACGCAAAAGGGCCUUGCACACCCCACCCCGCUGCUCGGCCACCACAACUACGUCUACUCCCUGUGCUUCUCACCAAAGGGAAACAUGCUCGUCUCCGGCUCCUACGACGAAGCCGUCUUCCUCUGGGACGUGCGCGCCGCACGUGUGAUGCGCUCGCUCCCCGCGCACUCGGACCCCGUCAGCUCCGUCGACUUUGUGCGCGACGGCACGCUGAUCGUGUCCUGCAGCCACGACGGGCUGAUUCGCGUCUGGGACACAGCCACCGGCCAGUGUCUGCGCACCAUUGUGCACGAAGACAACGCGCCCGUCACCUGUGUGCGCUUCUCGCCAAACGGGAAGUACAUACUCGCCUGGACGCUGGAUUCCUGCAUCCGCUUGUGGAAUUACAUCGAGGGCAAGGGCAAGUGCGUCAAGACGUACCAGGGGCAUGUCAACAAGACAUAUAGUCUGAGCGGUGCCUUUGGCACGUAUGGAGCGGGGAGGGAGCAUGCGUUUGUUGCGAGUGGGGAUGAGGACGGCGUGGUCGUGUUGUGGGAUGUCAGUAGCAAGAAUGUCCUGCAGAGGCUCGAGGGGCAUGAGGGCGCGGUCAUGAGUGUUGAUACGCAUCCGAGUGAGGAAUUGAUGGCAAGUGCGGGCUUGGAUCGCACGGUGAGGAUUUGGAGGGCUGGGAAUGAUCGCGUGAAUGGUGUUAGAGAGGCGGAGGUUAAGCAGGAACAUGAGACGAAUGGGUCUGAUCCGGAGACCUUGCCGCCGACUCCUUUUGUCGAGACAUAG